UUCGGAAGAUAUUAAAACGUUGAAUGAUGAUAAUAAAGAAGUAGGAACUAACUGUACGAAUUUCGCCAUGAUACCGGGAAUAACCGGUAAACCUCCGCUUCCAAAAAGACCCGAUAGCGCCCAUAAAAGCUCCACAGAUUCAGGGAUCUACAGCGAAAGGGGAUUGGAUGCAAUAUCGGCUUAUCUAAGUUUGAAAUACGACGCGGAUUUUAACAAGAAUGUUAAAAAUAAUCCGGACAACGAUAUGAAAGUCGACGAUGAUUAUUUCGAGAGGUUAACUCUUAAUAAAAAAUUAGAAAAAAUUCGAAGAGAUGGAAAUAACGAAGACAAAUAUCUUCAUGAUAUUCCUAUAAUUACAGUAACGGCUGAGGAAGACGUGAAAGUUAAAGAAUCCGAAACUGACAAAUAUUUAGAAGAAUUGAAAAAAGAACAUUCCGUAUUGCAAUGCAACCUAACGGAUCAUUGUAAGAUCGCAGAAAAACGUGUAUCUCCCUGGAACAACAAUGAAAUUUUCCCGAAUAUAUCAGAUAUUGAUAUCGAAAGAUUAUUCGACGAAAAACAAUUUUGUACAUCCAAAUCGGACGACGCACUAACUGAAGAUAUUAUUAACGAUAGAACGAACAAAAUAAAAUGUAAAAAAACGAUGGGAUCAAAUAAAACAAAUAAGGAAAACAAAAUAGAAGGAAAAGGUAUAUCAAGAGAUGCAGAAGGAAUUGGUGAAACUACUAACGAAGAAAAAAAUGAUAUCGGAUUGAAAAAAGUCAGUUAUUUAGAUAUGCUGUCUAAAAUUGAAGAAAUUGAAGAAAGUGCUAACAAAAACGUUGAUGAGGAUUCAAUACUAGACGAUACGAGCAAGAAAUGUAUUUCUGGUGAUAGUUUCGAUGACAUCGUUAGUAUUUUGAAAGAAUUGGAAGAAGAAGAUAAACGAUCUAAAGAUAAAAUUGCCGACGUGAAAAAAAUUGUCGAUAUGACUUUGGAAAAGAAACCGUUCGAUAAUAAUCAAAACAAAACCGAUAAAUCAUUCGAAAAUGAAAACGAUAUGAAAAUAACGUCUCAAAAUCACAACGACGAUCAGAGGAAAUCAUUUUACCACGCAUUAACGCCUGAUCAACAUCAUAAUAGUAGGGAAAACGGAGUGAAUUAUAAUCAAUUGCUUUCGUUUUUGGACGAGGUUGAUCGUAAUUGUAUGAAAUCUCUAACGAACGCCAAAGAAAACGUUCAGUUAGUGACGGAUAUUGUUAAAUCUUCCAUAAAACUAGAUAACAUACCAAGACCCGAAGAUUUGAGAGCUCUAUCGACAGACGAACUCGUCCAACAAAUUAUAAACCUUUCGUUAAGAGUAAAAGAAAAAUCGUCCUCGAUAUCCCUUCUCCAAGAAGAAAUGGGGAUUCUUCGCGAAAAAUUAGUCAACCAAUCGAAACUGACCGAACAAACGGUGAAACAAAAAUUGAAAUUACAAAAAGAAGAAUUAGAAGAAACUAUAAAACGUCAUCAGAAGUUCAUAGAUCAACUGAUAGCCGAUAAAAGGGGUUUGAAUCAACAAUGCGAAGGCCUAAUACGAGAACUUAAAAUCGUCGAAGAUAGAUACAACACCAACGUUUCGGCCAUGGAACAGCGUCAUCAAGUCGAGUUGAAAAAAUUGAAAGAAAUGCAAAUCGCCGGCGAGAAAAUGAGAAGAGAAAAAUGGAUUGAUACGAAAACACAAAAAAUAAAGGAAUUGACAGUGAAAAGUAUAGAACCCGAAAUAGCUCAAAUGGAAAGGAGACAACAACAAGAACUAGCGGACUUACGGGCUCUGCACAAAAGAGAAAUAGAAGAUUUAGAAUUGAAAUCCGCCAGAAAAAUGCAACAACAAUGCGAAAACUUGAGACAACAGCUAAUGGAAGAAAGAGAAAAAGCAUUAGCUCACGAAAGGGAGUUACUACGUCAGAGAUAUGAAAAAAUGGUGGAGGCUGAGGAAAAGGCGUAUCAAGAACAGCGUAGAAGAUUAUUCACCGAUCACGCUAACAAAUUGAAAGAAUGCGAAGAACGAGAAAUGAAAGCUAACGUCGAAAAAGAAAAAGCGAUCCAGCAAUCUCAAGAAGAACUAGAAGAAAGAUUACAGGUGGUAAUUCGACGUCACGCCAAUGAGAUUAAAUUAUUGAAGCAAUCGAACGCGAUGGAAUUUGAAAAUUGGAAAAACAAUUUCAUAAAACAACAAUCUGUAGUGGCUGCGGAAAAAGAAGCAGAAAUUCGCGAACGUUUUAAAAAAGAAAGAGACCAAGAAAUAGAAGCAGUUAUAGAGAGGUUAGAAAACGAAGCUAAUGACAAUAAAACACAAUUAGAAGCUUCAACCGAAAAUAGAUUGAGGAGACUGAGAGAGAAAUACGAAAACGAAAUAAAAGAUUUGGAAACGUCGGAAAAAGAAUCGAAAAAUAAAUAUUGUGAAGCUAAAAGGAAAAUUUUAGAAUUGGAAGAAACAAUUCUUAGCUUAAAAGCGAAAAUUAAACAACUACAGAGUCAAUUAGAAGAUCAAAAAGAGAUAGCAGAAAAGUACGCGAAAGAAAAAGAAAAUUUUAGAGAUACGGUGAGACAGGAAAUGAAAGAAGAAAUGGAUAAACUUGAAAAUAAAAUCGCGUAUCUUACAAAGUCUCGCGACAAGGAAUUACAACAAUUAUAUUCUAGGCAAGUUAUUUGCAUUGAGGUAUAUGCAUGA